UCGCUAGGUUCACAAUGCCCAGAUCCUGCGCCUUUUGCUUUAUUUGUGUACACACAUCAUUCUGGACAGAGCGAUUCUGAUAGCCUGUGCUAUUAAGUUCCAAAACAAAUAAAACGUCGAUGUUAUCCUGAUCAAGUUCCAGGCAGGCUUUUUAGUUCAAAACUGAGAAAAGUGGAGGAGGAACCAUGACAUCUAGACUCCUCCCCUUCCUGGCGUGCAUCCUGCUCCUCGCCAUGCCCCUUCAGGCGCAGGAGCCCAGCGCUGCCGAAAUCCAGGACCUGAGCAUUAGAAACGCCGACUUCGCCGCCCGGCUGUACCGUGCUAUUGCUAGCACCUCUGAUGGCAACGUCCUUCUCUCCCCCUUCACCGUAUCUUUGGGCUUGGCUGCAUUGAUGAGUGGUGCCGAUGGUUCUACACGCGAGCAACUCCUUCAGGGCCUGAGUCUGAACGCUCUGGACCACCUAAGGAUCCCAGAACUGUUCCAGAGUGUCCGGGAGAGCGUGGCCGAGAGCGGGCUCGUGAACCAGGGUAUUGGCAUCCUCCCCCGCCAGCAGUUCAAAGUGGACUCGGCCUACCGAGACGUGGUGCAGACCCAGUACGCAGGAAACAUCCAAGGGCUGGACUACAACGACGGGGCAGCCAAGGACACCAUCAACAAGUUUGCCUACGACUACACGGGGGGGGAGGUGAAGGAGGUAAUCAGUGCCAUCGACCCCCAGACCCAGAUGAUGCUCAUCACUGCCGUCUUCUUUCAAGGCCAGUUUGCCCUCGCCUUCAAUGCCAGCUUCACCCAGUAUGAGCGCUUCUACGUGAACAAGUACAACAUUGCCACGGUCCCCAUGAUGUUCCGCUCCGACAAGUAUCAUCUGGCAUACGACCGCUCGCUCAAGCUGGGCGUCCUAAAGCUGCCCAUGACGGGCGGCACUGCCAUGCUGGUGCUUCUGCCCGACAAGGAUGUGGACUACACCUCCAUCGACGAGGAGAUCACGGGAGAACGCUUCCAAGGCUGGCUCAAACAGCUCAAGAGGACGAAGCUGGAGGUGCAGCUGCCAAGAUUUAUGCUGGAGCAGUCGUACUCCCUGCAGAAGGUCCUGCCAGGUCUGGGGAUAAGUGAGGCCUUCCAGGAGAGGGCUGACUUCUCUGGCAUCGGAGGGGAAACGGGCCUGAGGCUCUCUGAGGUUGUGCACAAGGCGGCCAUCACCGUGGAUGAGACCAGCAACGCCGGGAAUGCCCGUGCCCUGAACAUCUUCGCUAGUCUUCCUCCUCGGCUCACCGUCAACCGGCCCUUCCUCUUCCUCGUUUACCACGAGGCCACCAGCAGCUUCCUCUUCAUAGGCAGGGUGAUCGACCCCUCCAAGAAGUGACCGUGACCUUAACCACCGUGUCAUAUAGGAGACUUACUUUGUCAUUUUAAUAGCACUGAACAUGUUUUGCCUGCUGUACAAUUCUACAAGUAUUACAUUAGCAGAAUGUAACUUAGGACUGUGAAGGAAAUUUUACUUUGUGAAGAAACAGUCUUGAAAAUAUUAAUCUUGUCUUUGGUGUCAUAAACAAUCCUUGGUUCCUGCUGACUGCUUUGUAAAGAUAUGAGGGGGGGCUGUCAUGACCUCCUCCUUAGGACCAUCUGGCAGAACGCCCAGAAUAUGUUCUUUAAGUUAAGAUAGGAGACGGUGCCAGACACAUGCCGGAAACAACCCUAUGAACUAUGCCUAUGUAACGUGUCUGUAACCAGUAUAUAAGGGAACUAACGGGACUGCCCCGUUGGAGCUCCUGAUCGACAUGUGUACUUGGUACAUUGAGUUGGUUGGAACCUCUCCAGUGCUCUGACAAUAAAGGAUGAUUCAUUUAUGA